GGGUAUCUGCCAGCUAGCAGUGACUCCUCCACCCUACCUGCUGCUGCAGCUCGCGAUUCCGUCCCGCCGAUCAUAACCGCCGGACUGAGUUGUCUGCGUUUUGGCCUCAUCACACCCGGCACGGACAUCUCUGAGAUGUUGGAACUGGUGCUCCAAGUGGCUUCUGCCGUCGAAGAGGACAGCAACACCGUUGCCAUGCAUGAGGUGUUCGUCCAACGCAUCGCCAACCACCCAACCCUUCGCACGGACUACGGAUUUCGUGUCUUCUUGGAGUAUGAGGAGAACCUAAGCGUGCGCACCAAGAACACCAAAGAAAAGGUGGGUCCCACCUCCACGCCCCUUUUUUUUCCCAACCUCCAAUGA